AUGGGCAGGCACCAGCAGAUUCCUAAAAUUACUUGGAGUCUUCAGGUUGGACUGCCGAUUCCAACCUCCUCUGCAAGCAUCAGUGACUUGGACCAAGCGGCAGGAUUGGCAACGGCAUUUGCUUUCCUUCUGGCUGCUCCUUUACAAUUUGUUAUGCUAUCAGUUGGACGGGCACUUUGGGCUAGUCUUGUCGCUCUCAUUACUGCCACAACAAGGGUGGUGGGAAAGUUGCCUUGGCUAACCACCGUCAUCGAGGCCGUAUCACUCUGUCUCGAACUGCCAUCUCACAUCAUAAAACAUGAUGCACGAGUGAUCACAAAGGCUGAGUCUAUGGAAGCUAGUGAGGCGAAGAGUACAUCGUUGGAGAUAUGCAACUCACAGACAACAUGA